CGGCCACAGCGGAAUUACCUGUGGACAGUGAACCAGUAUUAGAGAGUGCUUUCUUGCUGUGAACGCGAGGUUUUCCAGCUCACGGCUCUCAACUUCUCGGAGUAUUAUAGCUUCUCGGCGUUCUUCGAACAUCAUGGCAGCUCCCACAUCAGGCUCAUCGGCCGCCGCCAAGCCGUUCGACAUUGUCGCGACCUACAAUGACUUGCUCCGCUCCGACCCAGACCUGACUAUGCCAAUUGCAGCUAUCGAAGCUCUGGUACUACUCCUUACAAACUCUCCCUCCUCGACGAUAUCCGAGACGCUCGACCUUCUCGAGAAAUCUACUGCACACCUGAAACAGUCAAUCCCGAACCCCAUUGGUCUCUCCGCUGGAACCGAUCUCUUCCAGCGGUAUCUGAUCACUACCCUGCAGAGACCCGGACAGCUCGGGCCCGCAGGUGAUUUCAACGCGAUCAGGGCGCAUCUUCUGUCAAACGGACGGUUGUUCAUUAGACGUGCGAAGGAGAGUCGAGACAAGAUCGCGGCGUUUGGACGAGGCUUUGUACGCGAUGGAAGCACAGUUUUGACGAAUGGAGGAUCGCGAGUUGUCGCUUCGUUGCUACAGAAGGCUGCGGAUGAGAAGGGCGGCCCGUCGGCAGUGCGGUUCAAGGUGAUCUAUGUCCUGUCAUCGGCGAAGGGUACUGGUGCGCAUUCCGAUGAGCCGGAGGGUAUGGAGACUGUGCGCGCUCUCCGGGCGAAGGGUGUUCCUGUCGCUACGAUCCCGGAGUCGGCUGUUGCAUACUCGAUGGGCAAGGCCGACACUGUCAUUGUCGGUGCCGAGGGGGUGGUUGAAAACGGUGGAAUCGUGUCGCGCAUGGGAACCUACCAGAUCGGUCUUCUUGCUAAGGCUAUGGGUAAACCCUUCUACGUUGUGGCGGAGAGCCACAAGUUCGUCCGUCUCUACCCGCUCAGCCAGUAUGAUUUGCCGAUUGAGCAGCGCGUGAUCGAUUUCAAGACUGAAGAAGAUGUUGCCGACGAGGCGAAGCAACAGCAAGCUUUGUCUACGGAUGCAGCUGUUGCCAAGGCCGUCAAAACGGCAGACAGUGCUGAUGUAGUUGACUUCACUCCCCCCCAUCUGAUCUCUGCCUUGAUUACCGACAGCGGUGUGUUGACGCCAAGUGCGGUCAGUGAGGAGCUGAUCAAGAUUUGGUUCUAAUUUUCUAUUUCCAUUCCCUGUCCUUCCAUACAGGCAUGAGGCGUGGAGCUUGUGAUGUCUUUUAAAAACUGAAUGAAGCGGAUUGGCGUUAAGGUCAUGAUAUCUCCGGAUACUCAAGGUGUUUAUUGGUUUGCAAUGUGAUGUCUGUCUGCAAACCUCAAAGAAAAUAACAGCUGAAUAGAACUAGGAUUACAAGUCUG